CAGUUCUCAAUUUAUCCCACAUGACUCGUAUAAAAAAUUUACAAAAUUACCUAACAACAAAAAGAGUUCCAAUAUGCAGAAUGUUAUAAGCAGGAUGAUCCAAUAUGCUUCCAAUCACUUUCGGUCUGGGUUCUCCAUUUUCAUCAGAAAAUUUCAUAAGAGGAUGUUCGGCACAGAGUCAGCGAGGGGCGAGUCAGCGUCGGCGCGAGGGAGCAGAAGCAAUGCGCAGGCGGAGAAGGGACGGUGCGAGGGGGCGAGUCAAGGACGGUGCGAGCGCGGCCGCGACGGUGCUCGAACUGGCUUCGUGUGGGCUGCGGGGGCUGCACGGUUCGCGGGUUGUCGGUUGUGGGUAAAAAAAAAAUGCGUGGCUUGUAGGGCUGGUCGGACGUUGGCGCAAAGGAAGGCGGCAUCGACUGCGGGUGCGCGGCGAUGGCUGGCUUCCAGGACGGGGAAGGUCCACCGAGAGUGAGAGAUGAAAUAUGGUGAAGGCUGCAAUGGUGGAGGUUUUGGAAUGCAGAGGCUGCACAGUGCGUGAUCACGGAGACUUGGGGCGGGUUGCACGGUGCGCUGGUUGUGGGGUGUGGUGAAAAAAAAUUUUCUCCGCUUAGGGAACUGAUCGGACGUCGGAAUAGGGGAAAGCA